GAUAUAGAAGAAUUGCUAGAAGAAUUUGGGAAAUUCAUGAACUUGAUGAAUUAUCAUAUGAUGGUUUAUUAUCUUUAUCAAAACGAACUUUAUCACGAGGAACUCUUGAAGAUAGGCCAAGAGUAGGAAGACCUAGAACAGUACGAUCAAUAGAAAAUAUAGAACAAAUCAAGCAAAAACAUUUCCAUCAACACCGUAAUCCUGGUCAACGAUCAACAGCAAUUGAUUUGGGAAUGGCUUUAUCAAGUGUUAACUGUGCAAUUAAAAUUGAUCUUAAACUAAAACCUUUUCAUAAAUUCAAAUCGACUAAGAUGACUGUCAAUAAUGUCAAAAAUCGAAUUCAAAGUGCAAAAAUUUUAUUAAGUAAAUAUGGAGGAAGACCAAGAUCGAAGAAAUUUUUAUGGAAUUUAGUUGUUAAUUCUGACCAUUCUGGUAAAAUUGGUUUAACUGUGAUGCAUAAUACAAAAAAUAAUGUUGUUUAUGGUAUAAGUCGUGAAUCAAUGGCUUACCCGAAUUUCGCCAAUAAGACUUUUGCCAACUGGACAUUCGCCAAUGGCGAAAGUCCAGUGGGACAUUGGCGAUAUUCCAGUGGACUCUCGCCAAUUGGCGAAAGUUACCAGGGCAUAUUGGCGAAAAUGAAUACGGCUCGAAUUGUAAUAAAAAAAGGAACAAUGACAAGUCAAAAAUAUAUUGAUUUAUUACAAGAAAAAAUUAUGCCAUCAAUUGAACAAUUAUAUCCAAAUGAUGAUUAUAUUUAUCAAGAUGAUUGUGAUUCAAUUCAUCGUUCAAAAAUUGUAUUAGACUUUAUUAAGCACCAUAUACCAAAUCGAAUCAUGACAGAAGAUCAAGCUUCGAAAUUGGAUGAUGUAUGGCCUAUUGAAAAUAUUUGGUCAAUCAUUCGAAUGAAUUUAAAGAAAAAAGAUUAUCAAGAUUUAUUUCAAGUCAAAGCAGAAAUUGUGAAAAUUUGGAAGAAUUUCGAUAUCAAUUUAUGUGCCAAAAUGAUGUCAAGCAUACCAAAACGAUUACAAGCAGUAAUCAAAAAAAAAGGUGGGAGAAUUCUUAAGAUUGAUUAUUUAUUAUUUAUUAUUUAUUAUUGA